AUGAAAGCACUUACAUAAAUAAAAAAAAAGAGCAUUUAUAAUUCAUUCGACAGCAUUUCGAUCAAUUAAAAGUGGAACAGUAGCGGAAGAUCUUCUGUUAAAGGUAUAUUAAAUAGAAGUAUGAUUGGAUAUCAUUACUUCGAUGUGCGACUGAAAUUUCGGGAUUUUGAUAAGGUUGAGCUUACGCCAAUUUAUUUUCGGGGCUGCGUUUUGAACUCAUUGGAGAAAUUCUUUGGCGAAAUUGGCGGCAAGACUAGUUUGGAUAUUGUGAAAUUUAGCGUAGAACAGCGACGAGUUGUUUUCCGCGUGCCCGAGGAGUUCUAUAAGCGCAUCCAUACUGUAAUUACAUUGAUUGGGCAUUACCAGGAAGUACCGUGUCAUUUUCAAGUUCUGAAAACUUCUAAGACUCCGUUGGACUUCGAAAAGUAUUUUAUUGGAGAAGAUAAAGGUGAAGAAACGUAACGAGACAAUAGUAAAGCAUGGC